CAUGUGCAAUGUAUUUCAUACCGUUCACAUGUAAAGUUUUGUAAAUGUCAAUUGGACAAUUUGUCAAAAUUACUGACAUCGUGGAAUUUUUGUUUACUAAUGAUUAUGAUUUACGUUUUCUACAUGUAAUUUGACAGUUUAUUAAGCGAAAAAUAUAUGAUUAGUUUAUACGCAUAAGCAGAUUGUCUUAUAGCGACGAUUCAUAAUUAUUUUUAAUAUAAUUAAGCGAUGGGAUCGCUAACAAGUCGACAAAACGCUGGCGUUGAAGAAGUUGAUAUUGUUUCGAAUCAUGCAUACAAAUAUCCACCUCGUUCUGGAAGCUACUUUGGUAGCCACUUCAUAAUGGGUGGCGAAAGAUUCGAUACCCCUCAACCAGAAGCAUACCUUUUCGGGGAAAAUGCUGACUUGAACUUUUUAGGAAGCAGACCAACACCUUUUCCAUAUCCGCCACCACAAGCUAAUGAUCCAACUAAGACACUUAAAAGUUUAGUAAAUAUAAGAAGAGAAUCGUUGAGGCUAAUUCGUAAUGUUGAUCAAACUUCCACUUCACCUCAGUGCCAUAGUGUGAAACAUUAUGGAGAUGGUGAUAUCGAUAAAAAGCCAAGUCGGUAUAAUAUUGAAUUCACAUUUGACUGUGAUGUGAGAUGUGCAAUUACAAUAUAUUAUUUUUGCACUGAGGAGGUCACCACAAAGGGAGUUACUUAUGUACCAAGAGACCCUUCAAUGAAUUCUGAAAUAUACUAUUACAAAAAAGGUGCAAAUCAAUUAUUUUCUCAAACGUCACACAUAUUUGAUCCCACAGUGUGUAACGAAGAAGAUUUAACGUAUAAUGCUGAUAGGGAAAUAAUACCAAUAGCGAUACACUGUGUGGCAGAAGAAGGCUCUGAUGAACCAAAACAGUCUCAUACAACAAUUGCAGUUGUUGAAAAACAUUCGGAUGGAACAUACGUGCUGAAGGCACUUAAGCAAAAGCUUUAUGUCGAUGGUCUUUGUUAUUUACUUCAAGAAAUAUAUGGUAUUGAAAAUAAAAAUGCUGAAAAUGCGAAGCAACAAGGUAGCGAUGAAGAUACGGACGAUAACGGAUCGGAAUGUGUCAUUUGUAUGUGUGACGUACGAGACACUUUAAUACUACCAUGCAGACAUUUAUGUUUGUGUAAUGGUUGCGCAGAUUCUCUUAGGUACCAAGCUAAUAAUUGUCCAAUAUGUCGCGCUCCUUUCAGAGCUCUUCUUCAAAUUAAAGCACUUCAAAAAGCAACUGGAGCUAUAUCAAAUCCGCCAUUACCAGAGGGAAGCUGCGAAAACAUUCCAUCUGGGUAUGAAGCUGUAUCGUUGAUAGAAGCUUUGAACGGUCCGUAUAUCCCAAGAGCUGCUGGUCUUGCUCCAGAAUCUCCAGACACACCCGAUACAGAUACAGCUAGUGCAAUUCAAGCAGCUGAAGCAUUGAAUAGGUCAGUAGAACGUACUCCCGUAUCGAAACAUGCAUCUUCAAAGGAAGCAGAUAUAUCUGCAAGGACGAGUAGUACUGCAUGUCCUACCCCAGAGUUUCGUAUGUCAGUUUUAUUAGCUAGAGACGAACAUUCAGGAUCACAGAAGGAUCUUCAUAGUCGAUCUCCUGCAAUGAGAACGAAAACUUCUGGACAUAUACGCGAGAAAUCUCUAAGAUCGCGAGAUACUCUCAGACUUGUAAAUGAAAAACAACCUGUUUCCCAUUAUGAGGGCCAAGGACAGGAUGAAGAUGAAGCAGAAAAACUAUCUCCUCUAUUAGAUGCGGCAACUAGUACAGAAGCCCUCGAUUCUCACAGUCAUGGAAUGUGUGACAUAGAUAUUGACGAUGAGAUUCAAAAUACAGAAAACGAGAAUGACGCCGAUAUGCCAUGUCACUCUCAUUAAAGAAAUAUGCAACGUGUAAAAACAUUUGAUCAUAAUAUCAGUUUUAAAAUGUACAUGUUAUCCAAUUACCUUUUGUAAUAUAAAAUUACUUACAUUCCUUUAAAAUUAUUUUAAAUUGUAAAUAAUAUAUUAUUACUUAUAAAUUAUAACAAAAUAUCUUUUUGUUAAAGUUACUGACUCGAAUCCAUGGAGGAAUACAUGCAUAUUCAUUAGUUAAGAUUCAAAUUUAAUGUCUUAAUUGACACAAGCAACUAAUAAAUGUUAACAUCUGUUUCAUUAUUCACACAAGUUUUUUUACCCAUAUAUUUGAUCCAUUCUCUAUUGUUACAGUCGCUCUUUUAAAACGUAUGUCAAUUAAGUUG